CCUGUUAGAGAUGCAAUGGCGUCCCAGUGUAUUGUAGAAAACUGUUCCUUCAAACCCAAUUCAGGAACGAUCGGAGAACGCCCUUCCUUGCACCGGUUCCCGUGGAAGAACCCAAAACUCGCCCGAAAAUGGGUUUCGAACGUUUCCAAGAGCGGCACCCCCGGUGGGAAAAUUACACACAGCUCGCGAGUCUGCAGCCUCCAUUUUGAAAAUGGGAUACGGACACUUGAGUCUGUGCCGUCCAUUUUCAACCUCGCGAGUGUCGACAAGGAAAGCACAUCACCGAAAAAGAAGCCCCCCGAUAGUCGAGAUAGCAAGAACAAGAGCAGUUCAGCCUCCAGGUCACCGCAAAGGAAACGCAGCACACCUAAACACUGCAUGGUCCUGACAGGUGGUGAAUCCUUGGAUGAAGAGACAAGCGUUCAGACGGUACAAAUCCAGAAGAAAGUUGAGAAGCCUGGAUUUCAGGAACACUUCCUUGCUCAAGUGUCCCACUUCUGGAGGACCAGACAGUUUUGUGACCUGUGUCUCAUUGUCAACGGCCAUCGUGUUCUGGUUCACCAGCUGGUGUUCAACAUCGCGCGGCCGUUCUGCCUGUCCACCUGCCAAGUCACUAGACAUGCCCCCAUGCUGACCAUCACAGUGCCGUUCCCAGUCAGUGACGAUGCCCUCACAAACUUCCUCUCGUACUUGUAUGAGGGAAACUUAUUUAUCAAUGAGCAAUCUGUCCACCAAAUUCUGCAGCUAGGACAGUUUUUUCGUAUGACACCAGUGAUAAACCCUUGUAACUCCUUCCUGGGGCUUCUGAGAAGCCUGAAUAUGUGUCAGCCAGCAGACGACACGAGCAUGGUAAGGAAACAAGGAGAUGAAGACAGUCAGGGUCCUGCGUCUGGCGACAAACAUCCUGCAGACAGCCGGAAAGGGAGAAGUAUGCCCAAAACGCAAUCCGGCAAAUUGGGUGAUGUCAAGACUGAAACUUAUGACACAAAACUUUGUGUGACUCCAACGAUCCAAGAAUGUCCUCCUGACCGUGGUUGUGGUAAACACGGUGAACAAGGUGAAGGUGGUGCACAGUAUGUGUUUGAGACGUUGGAACAUGGGUCUUCCAAUCCUGAUGACAAAGAUGUUGAUGGAGAGACAUCUGCUGAGGAUAUGGAUGAAACAACAUAUCAGGACGUUAAAGAGAGAACUUUUGAUGAUGAUGAGACAGUAGCUGAGGGUGUGGAUGAGAGAACAUUUGAGGGUGUGGAUGAGAGAACAUUUGAGGGUGUGGAUGAGACACCGUUUGAUGAAGAAGGUUAUGAAGAAGAAGCAGGUAGAAAUGGUCAGCCUCACGUUGUCAGCGUGUCCUGGAGCGAUGACGAGGACCAGGAAUGGGUGGUUUUACCAAACAAGAACGAAGACAAUGUGUGUGAAAUGGAAGGGGACGACAUUAAUAAAUCAGAAACAGGCGAAGAAACUCCAGAGCAAAAAGAAACAUUUCUAGAAGCAGUUAGUGUGAGCAAAGACGAAUUUGAACGAACAGUAUCCAGUGGUGUUGACAGCCAUGAAGGGAGUCAGGAUGCUGGAUGCAGUGUUACAGAGAUGGACGAGACCAGUGGCUUGACAUGUGAGGCAGAGGAUGUCAAACCCAUUCUGCUUCCUGAUGGAACAGCUGUGGAUGGGCGAUUAACUGCAGCAACUUCAGGUCGGGAAUCUGAUGCCAUGGAAGACGCCCAGAUGCAUCACUACGAUGAGUCCAGAGCUCCUGAAGAUGUGAAGCCAGUGCUGCUGCCUAAUGGCGCUGUCCGUCCUCCUGAUGUUUAUGUGGAGUCAGGAGAUGGUGACCACAGCAUCACCUCAGACCCAGCCACACCAGUUCUCAUGUUUGGUAAUGGUACAGAAAGCACAACUUCCAAGCCAGAAACUGAAAUCUUUGAACAUAUGAAUAUAUCUUUCCGUUACUACAAAUGUGACCAGUGUACCCGCCUGUUCACCAGCCAGACUCGACAGCAAGAGCAUGUCCAGGUUGUCCACCAUGGCAUAAGGUUCAAGUGUCAAUACUGCGGGCGUGAGUUCACUUCCAGGAGCGGACAUAAGCUGCAUGAGCUGGACCAUCUUGGCAAGAAUCCCUACAGGAAGUACAAGUGUGAGAAGUGUUUCAAGUCCUUCCCCUCCAAAACUGGUCUGAACAACCAUCUCACCCGUGUCUGUCAGCAGUUUAAGUGUCGGAAAUGUAAGGCAGUGUUUGUGAACGCGCAGGACCACCAUCAUCACGUAAGUAACUGCAGGAGGAUGCCGGCACCCAUUAAGUGCCCAGAAUGUCAGCAGGUUUUUUCAUCCAAGUUUAGUUUAGAGAGGCAUUCAAAAAUCCACCUAAGUCAACCCGUGUCUGCACCUUCUUCCAAACCAGUGAAGAAGUUCCAGUGUCAGGUCUGUUUGAAAGUGAUUAUUGGGAAGGCUAGGUUUCUUCAGCACAAAGUGGAGCAUGUCGAUCAUGUUAAACAAACCCAGUGUUCUGCAUGCAACCAGACAUUCAAAACCAUUUCCGCCAUGAGACGCCAUUUUAAAUCAGAUCAUCCUGAUUUAGAACUGCCAACUUCUGCCAAAAUUAGUUGGCGUGAUCUAAGACGUGAAAGUCCUUUUCUAGAGGACAAUGUUGAAGAUGAACAGAUAGAGGAGGUUCUAACAGACCAGGCGCUGAAGUGCGAGAAACUCGAGUCAACUCAAAUGGAUAUCACACCAGAACAAAAAAGAAAAUCGAAAAAAUGGCGGUCUGUUCAAGGGGAGGUAACUCCACAAGAGCAGAAAUCAAACUCAGGGAAUACUAGAGAGUUUUCAUCCAAAACAUCAGAUGUGUUACCUGAAACGACCCUUCCCGGGGGAAGGAGUAAGUUCGUAUGUGUCCAGUGUGGUCAGUCCUUCCCGUACGCCGCCUCGCUACGAAGACAUUCGAAGUCAGAACAUCCGCUCAAGUAAUUCAUGUUCCCGACAUAACAGAAUUUACAUGGUUACGGAGCAGAAAUAUUUUUGGAGAUUUAAUUAAAUUUGUGGUGUGCAUAGUCUUCAGUAGAAAGAAAGAUCCCUGCUUCCUCUGUUUGCUGAGGGUACACAGGAGAUAUUGUGGUAGUGUUGAUAACAAGGGUGUACUCCACCCAUGCCUCCUCUGUUUGCUGAGGGUACACAGGAGAUAUUGUGGUAGUGUUGAUAACAAGGGUGUACUCCACCCAUGCCUCCUCUGUUUGCUGAGGGUACACAGGAGAUAUUGUGGUAGUGUUGAUAACAAGGGUGUACUCCACCCAUGCCUCCUCUGUUUGCUGAGGGUACACAGGAGAUAUUGUGGUAGUGUUGAUAACAAGGGUGUACUCCACCCAGGCCUCCUCUGUGCGUCAAUCAGAUUGCCAUACACUGACUCGAUACAAUGAUGUUUUUCACGUUGAUUUUGAAAGUUGUGAUGAAUGCAGUGUCAUCAAGUUUCUCAUAUACCAGUUGUUGUUAAUGAAAGAUGAGAUGAAAACAGUGUUAGGGACCGUUCAUAAUUUAAGGCUU